AAUCUUUGGAGUUGGUCGGUAGACAUUAAGUGAAUCGCAAUGAGAAACAUUUUAAUUUGGAUUCUAAUCUCAGUGAUCGUAGUUCAAGCGAGUAAAGAGAACUGUAAAGAAUCGAGUCAACUUGAGUCUAGUUGUGGUAGUUACUGUUUCAAAGUCGUCAGACCUAUUUUAGAUCAUGCGAAGAUGUUGCAGAGCCGAGUUGAAAACGAUGAGGUUUUCGAGAAAAAUGUUGUUCGACAAAGACUGGAACAUAUCGAAGCACUUCUACAUGAGUUUAAUACAAAAUUUAAUUCACUGGAAAGAACGAUUCAACAGCAAGAAGCACAAAGAAACGAUAUGAUCAAAACAGUUAACAAGCUAGCAUUUGAGAAGAUUGGAUCGAAAUAUUAUUAUAUUGAACAAAAUCAAAGAUUGAAUUGGUUUGCAGCUGCUCACAAAUGCCAUGAGUUGGGUGGACAUCUGGCAAGUCUACAAAAUCUUAAUGAUCUUGUGGCAGUGAGUGCGAAACUGAAGAAUCGUUUCUAUUGGAUCGAUAUCAAUGAUCUUGCAAAGGAGGGUGAAUAUAAUUCGUUGACAACUGGACUUAGGGCCUCAUUCCUCAAGUGGUAUUGUCCCGAUGAGCCCAAUAACAAGGAUAACAACGAGCAUUGCGUUCAGUUGCGAGAGGUAAAUAAGGAUUACACGAUGAAUGACGUUCGUUGUGAUGAGACAUGUAAUUUUAUUUGUGAGAGGGAAUUCAAUUGAAUGUUUAAUAAAGUAACGAAAUAGAAUUCAA